ACGGGGUGGAGUGGGGAAGCACAGAGAUAUAUAGCCCCUUCCUCCUCAGCCAGGCCAGACACAGACACAGCAUCCCUGACCAGGUACAGUAAGAGAUUAAGAGACGAGGGCGCGUCUACAGACUUCAGGCCACUUUCCCUGCCGUUAACACCAUGAAGCUGCUUGCAUUGACUGUGCUGCUCCUGACCAUCUGUGGCCUUGAAGGGGCUCUGGUUCGGAGACAGGCCGAGGAGCCGAAUCUGCAGAGCCUGGUCUCUCAGUACUUCCAGACUGUGGCCGACUAUGGCAAGGACCUUGUGGAGAAGGCCAAGGGCUCAGAGCUUCAAACCCAAGCCAAGCCUGGGAACGGCAUAGAGACUUGGCCUUGGACAUGGUACCUUGAAAGGCACGAAAGAUUCAUUAUCUGAAUCCCUAGACUCCUAGAGGUCAUGGGAAAUGAAAGCACCCCUCAGAAUUUCCUCUACCACACUAUGAAGAGGAGAAAGCUUCCCCAAAUGAGCCCAGAGGUGUCACCCAAGGCCCCUCCCCUCCAUUCUGAGCCAGGGGACACUGUGCUUCUCCCCUGAAAAGAAAAGAAAGUGAAAGUC